AUGUUUUUUCGAAAUGUAUGGUCUGCAGCAGAAUUUAGCUUUGUCUGCAAACCGAUGUUACUGAAAAAAUCUAGCAAUAUAGGAUAUGCUCAAUUACAACUUAGGCAAUCGUUCCACAAUUCCAGACGUAGCGCACGACGGCCACGUAUUGAACCAAACCCACUAGAAAUACAAGAAAUCGAAUCAGGACCCCUGAAUCCUAGCACAUUAGUGAAACCAUUCCUCUUCACAGUCGGGGUAACAACAGUGAGCUUAGCUGGCUGUGUUAUAUGGGAAUAUGAAAAUAUUAGAUCACAUGCAACAGCUUUUCUUAAAAGGCCAAAUAGCUGGCUCAAUUCACACCAACGACGGGGUGCGCCCCAAAAAUCAGAGCCAGGUCCAAUAAGAAAAUGGUGGAAUUCUUUAAGAGCUAAUGAAAAAGUUUUCUAUCCAAUUCUUGCUGCUAAUGUCUUAGUGUUUGGAGCAUGGAGAGUACGGGCUAUGCAGCCAUUCAUGAUUAAAUAUUUUUGUUCGAAUCCUUCAGGCAGUUCUGUAUGUCUUCCUAUGGUUUUAUCGACAUUUAGUCAUUACUCAGCUUUUCACUUAGCUGCAAAUAUGUAUGUUUUGUACAGUUUUAUGCCAGCGGCAAUGGCAGCCUUGGGGAAAGAGCAAUUUGUCGCAAUGUACAUGAGCGCUGGUGUAAUAAGCAGCUUUGCCAGUGUAUUGUAUAAAGUGAUGCUCAAUCAGCCUGGUCUUAGUCUUGGUGCGUCAGGAGCAAUUAUGGCAGUGCUAUCAUAUGUCUGUGUACAAUAUCCUGACACCAGGCUGAGUAUAAUAUUUCUGCCUAUGUACACUUUUGCUGCUGGAUCGGCGAUUAAGGUUAUAAUGAGUAUUGACUUAGCUGGAGUUGUAUUAGGAUGGAAAUUCUUCGACCAUGCAGCCCACUUAGGUGGUGCUUUGUUUGGCUUAGCGUGGUGUUAUUGGGGUGGACUACAUGUAUGGGGAAACAGAGACAAGUUCUUACAGUAUUACCACAGUUUGAGAAAAGAUUCUAGAUAA